ACACACAAACAGUAUCAAAUCCAAAAGCAAGGAGUCUUUUGGUUCCUUCUCCUUCUCUCUAUUCCCACUUCACUCUCUGGCCUUGUUAAUCCUACGAUUUGUCUUCUCCCGUAACUCUUUCUAAUUUCUAUGUCCGAAUCCUCACCAUCGGACUCGCAUCCGUCUCUCACUGCGAAUGUCCGUGCAGAAAUCGACUCUUCGUCACGGUUCGUUUCAGUCAGAGAGGCGGCCACUCGCUUCGGCGGCUUCGGUUUCUGGAGACCCCACAGCUCUGAAUCCCUUCAGGAUAAUGCCAAAGAAGGAGAUAUCAUUGAACUCAAGAGACAGACUGCUGAGCUACAGAACUAUCUAAUGGUCAAAGAGUGUGAGACGCUUGAUGUGCUGAAGGAGCUUGAGUUGACUAAAGCCAGGAUUAUAAAUCUCAACUCAAAGCUACAGCAGAAGAAGAAGAAGAAUAAGGAGUCGUUAGCAGAAGAAGUUCACUGUCAUAUCAAGCCUGCAGGUAUGGUACUUCAAGAUUUAAACAAGGCAAAGAUGAAUCUGUGCAAGAGGACGGUAGAUCUCGCGGGUUUGCGCCGUUCUGUUGAGGUCUUGAGCAAGCAACUGAAGGAGGAAAAGGAUGCACUUGAGAAGACCCGCGAGAGACUUAUGCACAAGUCUUUGAAGGUGAUAUCUCUAGAGGAAGAAGAAGAAGCUAAGAAGGGUGAAACCAGCGAGAAAGAUCUUGAGAAUAACGCGUUGAGAAUGAUUAAUGAGGUGCGGAGACUCAGCUGCGAAGCUCAGGAGUACAAGAAGACAGGAGAGAAGGCAAUGGCGGAGAUUAAACACACGCGAGAGAAGAUCAAAACGGUGGAGAUAAAGUUGGUGGCUGCUAGAAAGAUGAAGGAAGCGGCUAGAGCAGCUGCUGAGGCGGUUGCAAUCGCAGAGAUUAAGGCUGUUGCAGGAAGUGAAAACACUGUGACUAUCUCUGCUGAAGAGUACGCUAAGCUGACUCUUGACGCUAGAGACGCAGAGGAAGAGGCGUGGAAGAGAGUGGAAGAUGCAAUGUCCACAGUCGAAGAAGCGAAUGUUUCAGAGAUGGAUACUCUGAAGAGAGCAGACGAAGCGGCGCAAGAAGUUGAAGCCAGCAAGAGGGCAUUUGAGGAAGCUGUGGAGAGAGAAAACACUGCAAACGCUACAAAACUCGAAGCAGAAGAGGCGCUGAGAAACUUGAAGUCAGAGAAAGGACAGAGGAGAAGAUCAUCAGUGAACAACACUGCCAAGUUCAAGACCAGAAGAGAGACAAUAACAAAUAGUCUGAUGGAUGUAAACGGUCUGCAUCUGACGUAUGAUUUUGUUCCUGGUCCAUCAUCAUCUUCGGUCCCUGUCUUGAAGCCAACGAUGUCAAUAGGGCAAAUACUCAGCAAGAAGCUACUAGUUGCAGAGGAUUCAGACAUGAGUGUUGUUAAGGAGAGAAGUAAAAUGUCUUUGGGUCAGAUGCUGGCAAAGAAUAGCAAUGGUGAUGGAACUCUGAGCAAGAAGAGUGAAGGGAAGGAGAAUGAGAAAAGAUCAGUGAAGAGAAAGAAUCUCGGAUUUGCUAAGAUCGUUUUGUUGUUAAACAAAGAGAGCAAGAACAAUAAGAAGAACAAGAAGAUUGGUUUGAACUUGAGGUGAUACAAUGAUUCAGUGGUUUUAACUUCUUACUUUGUGAUCAGUAAAUUUAGGAACAGUUCAAAGUAUCCGAGUUCUAAACUUCUCGUCUCAUCUUGUGUCUCGUCUUUUAAUGGGCUUUUUAUUGGGCUUUUGUGUUCUUUCAUUGGUUCCUUGUCACUUUGUGACCGUAACUCUCUUAUGUGUAUCAUGAGUUUAUUUCUUGUACACACAACUUAGACGAUUCAUUUUCAUGACU